UCAUACACUUCAGAUAUGGGUUUGUUGUCGAGCAGGAUAGCUGCAAAGAUGCUGGUAAAAUAUUUGAAGGUUGUAUGCUUUUACUUGGUGUUUCUAAGGAUUUGGUGUAGGCCUGCAUUUUCAUAUUCAGUGGUCACCUCUCUUCCUGGUUUUAAUGCUUCACUUCCUUUUAAGCUUGAAACUGGAUACAUAGGGGUGGAUGAUUCGGAGCUUUUCUACUAUUUUAUUGAGUCAGAAAGGAAUCCAGAGGAGGAUCAUCUCUUGCUGUGGCUCAAUGGAGGCCCUGGCUGCUCUAGCGCUUGUGCGUUGUUCUUUCAAUUAAUAGGUAAUGUGAUUGUUUGA